AUGGCAGGCGAACGCCCUCAGUUCUAUGAAAACUAUUUGACUCCUCUCACUAUCAACACACAUUCGCUCACAGAGUCUCUCCAAGAGCUGCGUGUUGCCGUGCGCAAUGGAGCCGAAUCGAUCCAUAAAAGCGACCCGAUUCCUGGUAAAUGGAAUUUCGAGGGCAUGUUCAAACAUUUUCCCGGAGUCGCCCUUGCUUUCCUGCGCCUCAAUCAUCAAUCAGCUGUGAUAUCAGAUGCGGGUGAGCCUUCUCCAGACUACCUCCAGCAUGCUCUUCAGAGGAUUCCGGCGGGCCUCCCAGAUAUCGCCCUACGACCAUCUCGAUUGUCCCCGGCAGGAUCGUUCUCACCUGUAACCGCUGUUACUUUGCGCAUUCUCUCUGCCGUGGCAAAUUUGGAUAGGCAGACUGAUGCGAAGCCCAAUAUUUCGCAAGAGGAUAUUACCUGCCUUGAUGAUGCUACCAACCUAGCUUUGAAGAAUGGGCCUCUUGUUCCUCACGAUGGCCGCAACAUGGGAGGUGACGAGAUGCUGUUUGGUCGUGCCGGGCUCCUAUGGGCUUUGUUGAAUAUCCGCGCUCGCCAAUUUCGUGACGAGACUCAGAAGGCUCUUUCCCCAGUCCUGGAAAAGAUCCCUGGCUUGCUCGGCGUGAUUAUUGACGCUGGUCGACAAGGUUCGAAUGACUUCAUUCAAAAAAAUGGAGACCAGGAUGCUCACCCACUGAUGUACGUCUGGAUGGAAGGAUACUACUGCCUUGGAGCUGUCCAUGGAAUCACGGGAAUUCUUCCCAUCCUGCUCGCAUGCAGGCCUGAGGAACUUGAAGAACACCUUCCCGUGAUCGGGGAAACUAUCACAGCCCUCUGCAAGUUCACCAUUGCCAGCAACGGUCAUCUUCCAAUGACACUUCCUCCCUUCAGUUACGGGCAACAGACUGAGCUUGUUCAGCUUUGCCACGGAAGCCCCGGCAUCCUGAUUCUCCUGGCAACCGCCUUGAAAAACGAGAAGUUGACACGCAAACACUGGAGUCCCGAGUGGGACCAGGCCAUCGAUUUGGCCACCGACCGUGUGUGGAAAGAGGGGAUCCUAUCCAAGGGAGGUAGUCUUUGCCAUGGAAUUGCCGGUAAUGGGUGGCCCUGGCUCAUGCUCCACGAUACUUUCAAGUACCACGCAACAGCUGUACACUCAGCUCGCUGCGAAAAUCUACAUUUACCCCAUGAGUCGAACCUCCCAGAGGGUCAUUUGGGCAAUAAGCUCACUCCGGAUUACUUCCUCUCGAGGGCCCUGGCUUUCAUGCUGCAUUCGCGCGAGACUCGGCCGUACAACACCGCGCCUGCAACCGCUGACAGAGACUACCGCAUGCCCGACGACCCAUACUCGCUAUUUGAAGGCCUUGCGGGUAAUGUCUGUGCGUGGACUGAUACCUGCGCGGUGCUGCAGGCGAGAUUGCGCAGCUCAGAAUACUACCAGGAAAAUGGUGGCAGCUUUUCCGGCUUGGCUGAAGACCCUAUCUUCCAGGAAGCGGCUUCUUGCACCCUUGGCUUCCCGCUCAUUGGUGGUAACGGCGUCCAUGGCUUGCUCUAA